UUGAUAAUCAUCCCCAAUUUGACAACUGAUUUUGAUGGGUAUAUUAAAAUUCCAAUUUUGUCAACACCACCAACGUCAAUUGUUGACGAGUUCAUUUGAUUCGAGCUCCUUUCUGAAUCUGAGCAACGCAUUCAGCAAGAAUCGGCUACAGGGUCGUCUCCUCCGUCUGCUCAUAGCACCAAAUAGAUCAACUAAGAGAACAUUUAACUCGUCAGUUGUAGCUUUAGCAAUGGUUAAAGCCAUUAGGGUUCAUGAACUUGGGGGUCCUGAGGUUCUGAAAUGGGAGGUUGUAGAGAUAGGAGAGCCAAAGGAAGGUGAAAUUCGAGUGAAGAACAAGGCAAUUGGGCUUAAUUUUAUUGAUAUAUACUUCCGCAAAGGAGUUUACAAGGCACCUACAACUCCUUUCAUUCCAGGUAUGGAGGCGGUUGGCGUGGUGACAGCAGUGGGUCCUGGACUAACAGGCAGAUUAGUUGGAGACGUGGUUGCUUAUGCUGGAAAUCCAAUGGGAGCUUAUUCUGAGGAACAGAUUCUUCCUGCAGACAAAGUGGUUCCUGUUCCUUCUUCAAUUGACCCCAUAGUAGCCGCCUCUGUAAUGCUUAAAGGAAUGACCGCUCAGUUCCUCCUGCGCCGUUGUUUCAAGGUUGAACCGGGUCAUACUGUUCUAGUUCAUGCUGCUGCGGGUGGAGUUGGAUCUCUGUUGUGCCAAUGGGCAAAUGCCUUAGGCGCCACGGUUAUUGGUACAGUCUCAACAAGUGAUAAGGCAGCCCAAGCAAAAGAGGAUGGAUGUCAUCACGUAAUACUUUACAAGGAUGAGAGUUUUGUUAAUCGUGUUUCGGAAAUAACAUCGGGUACUGGUGUUGAUGUCGUUUAUGAUUCUGUCGGGAAAGACACCUUUCAGGGUUCAUUGGACUGCUUAAAGACUCGCGGAUAUAUGGUGAAUUUUGGGCAAUCAUCGGGCACACCGGAUGCAAUUCCGUUGUCAGCCCUUGCGUCAAAAUCUCUCUUCCUUACAAGACCUACACUCAUGCAAUACAACACAACGAGGGACGAGCUACUAGAAUGCGCUGGGGAGGUGUUUGCUUGUAUUGGAUCGGGUAUACUUCGAGUACGUGUUAACCACACCUACCCUUUGUCGCAGGCUGCUCAAGCUCACGCUGAUCUUGAAAAUAGGAAAACUUCUGGAUCAGUAGUGCUUAUACCCGAAGGGAACUAACAUCACAUCUAUGGAGAACAACUACAGAUAACUCAGGAAUAUUCAUGUGUGCAAUUUGGGGGUACUGCUAUACAUGUACCCAUGCAUUUCUGUUCUUUUUGGAUAUUCAAGAACUGUAUUAUUGAGUGAUUUUUGUUGUUUGAAUUUGUAUAUACUGUAUUAAUUUGUGUUUGUU